AUGAUGUCGAAUGUGUUGAAGACUAGUCAUCAACAAAAUAAGCCCGUCGAAGAUCCAGCAAAUGAUUACAAUCAGUUAAAACUCGAAAAUACACGUUUAACCAAUGAACUUGAAAUAUUGAAAGUGGAAAUGAAAAAAAUAGUAGAUUUAAUGCAAAAAUUUAAGGUUGACAAAGGCAACCAAAGUGAAGAUAUAGUUAACUUGGAAAAAAAAGUAAAAGACUUAAAAGCAAAAUUAGAUUAUUGUCGUGAACAUGGAGUUUAUGAAGAUGAUUCCUCGAAUUCACCACCUCUUAUGAAGAAAUAA